AUGCCGCGCAAGACCCAACCUAAGCCCGCCCUGGGUGGCAUUUCCCUCUUCGGGCAAGGGGCUCUUCGCGACCUCUCCGCCGCCGACGUGCGCAACGCGACUGCCAUCAUCAACGCGGUCCUUCGUGGAGAUGUCGACAGUGGUAGCCAAAAGGGCCUGAAGCCGCAGAAGGCACCUGGCACUGGAACUUCCCGGUUCGCUGAGGCCAGACGGGCCAAGACCGCUGCCAAAAAGGCGGAUAAGGAGGCUGAGGAGCGGAAGGUGGCCACUGCCAAGAAGGAAGAGGAGAAUCCAAAUGCGAAAGAGAUCGAGAAGGAGGAAGUCUUCGCCAAGGACGAGACGAGUGAGGAGGAGGCUGUGGUCGAGGGCAAGGUGAAGCAGGUGGAAAGCAACGAUGCCAUCACCCACGUCCCGACGAGACAAAUGUCAGACGUCGAGUUCGAGAACUUGUUAGUAAGGCUGCAAUUGUACUAG